UUUUUUUUCCAAUUAUUUUAUCAUUCCUCUGACUGAGUUAGAGCUGCACAUCUCCGUUACAUUACUUUCCCAUUUCAUUAUUCGAUCCCCAAUUCCUCUCCCACGCAGAAGAAUCAUCACCCCAAAACCCAAAUUAAAAAAAAAACCCAAAUAAUACAACUGAAGUUAUUUUAAUUUUCUUAGUAAAAAAAAAAAGAGAAGAAAAAUGACUUCGAUUCAUUUGAUAAACACUCUCGCUGCUCCGCUUCGUUCUUUUUCUCCUCCGUCGCUUUUUCCGCAAUGCCAUUCUCCUCUCCGUUCUUCCGCUGCCCCGAAACGGCGUCGUUUCGCUAACUCCUCUGGGUUCCGCCUUGCUUCAAGCCAAACCGUGAAUUCGGUUCCGCGUGGGAAUGGAACUUACACCGUUGCUGAUUUCAUGACAAAGAAGCAAGAUUUGCAUGUUGUCAAAACCACCACUACCGUUGAUGAAGCUCUGGAGGCUCUUGUAAACUACAGAAUCAGUGGUCUUCCGGUAAUCGAUGAGGUCUGGAAUCUGGUUGGAGUUGUAUCUGAUUAUGACUUGUUAGCUAUUGAUUCGAUAUCAGGAGGUCCUCAAAGUGAUGCAAACUUGUUCCCCAAUGUUGAUAGUACUUGGAAAACAUUCAAUGAGUUACAAAAGCUGCUUAGUAAGACUAAUGGCCAAGUUGUCGGUGACUUGAUGACUCCAACUCCACUUGUUGUUCAUGAAUCAACUAGUCUUGAGGAAGCUGCUAGGCUGUUACUUGAAACAAAAUAUCGUCGACUACCUGUGGUAGAUGAUGAUGGAAAGCUGGUUGGACUUAUUACACGGGGAAACAUUGUUAAGGCAGCUCUACUAUCAAAACGUGCUGGAUAGUGGUGAUUGUCUUUGUGAAAAGUUAUUCAAAUAGAUUUGCUUGAAGGUUGUGCUGGCGACGGUCAGCGUAACCUCUAUAUUAUUAGCUACGGAUAAUGUUAAUGUAUGUAGUUAUAUCUAAUGGAUGUUUAGACUAUUGCAAAUGUAUAUGGCAGGCCAAAGGAGGAGCUGGAGGCAACUUUUGAUGGCCUUGUGAGAUCUUAGUGGUGGAUAAAAAACCAUAUAGAGUGAUGUGAUUUAUCGAUAACCUUUAUUAAGUUGUCAAAAUUGUUUCGGUGCAUUGGAUUGUUUCGAGCUUGGAUAUACUACAUCCAGUUCUUGAUGCAGUCUCUGUUAACUGACAUUUAUGAGGUCGGAAUAGAUAAUUUUGUGCCCUUUAUUAUAACCUUUGUAUUGUAAAUUGCAUAGGAUUUUAAUUUAUAUGUAAUUUAUGUCCUAGUCCUUCAUUAUUGGAUUAUUUACAAACUUCUCGAGUCU